AUGCUGGAUAUACAUCCAACCCCACCACUCAUAGCCCUAAUCCUAGGAGUCCUCCUCCUUCUACUACCACUCAUCCUGAUCCCCCAAUUGAAGGGAUGGACCAAACACUCCUCCUCACGCCUCAACAACCUCUGGCACUGGCACUGGCGCCGCCAAUCCAGUGAAAUCGUCUCCUUACGCAUGUACCCCAUUAAGUCCUGCCGAGGCUUCGAGGUCCAAUCUACCAUCCUCAAAGAACACGGUCUCGAUCUUGAUCGGCGCUGGAUGCUGGUUGAUGCGUCCACAAACGAGUUUCUGACUAUUCGUCAAAUCCCCGAUAUGACUCGUAUCGGGACAGGGUUAAGUGCUGAUGGAAGUGAAUUGGUGAUUACCAUUCCUAAUCCAUCCAAGACUGAAAGCAAAAGCACCGAUAAGAAGCAUGCUGUCACCACUGUCAGAAUCCCAUCUCAUCCAUCACCGGAGUGGCUGGAGAUCAACACUGUCGUGGCAUCAGUCAAAAUCUGGGAUAAUGAUACAGACGGAUAUAUCUACAGCGAUGCUAUCAAUGCCCCCUUUUCAGAGUUCAUGGGCCGUGCUGUCGCGCUGGUGUACAAGGGUCCUACGCCGCGCGUGCUGAAAGGAAAUGGCGCGCCGAAGCUACUGGGUCGUGUCCAGAGCAUAGGCUUCCCGGACGUGUUCCCCAUUCUGAUUGCUUCGGAGGCAUCACUGGCUGAAUUGAAUACUCGACUUCGUCGUAUAGACGUCGAUCCUAUUACCGUUGAGCGAUUCAGACCGAAUAUUAUUGUUCGCGGUGAAACGCCCUGGGUCGAGGAUUCGUGGAAGACUGUUCGCAUUCGCACCUGCACUUCAACCAAGAAGACCGUCUCAGAUACCAGCGGUACCGGUAUCUCUAAACAAAAGGUUAACCAUCCACCGCUCGAUUUGGACAUCGUCGCCCGCUGUGCACGCUGCCAAGUACCAAAUGUAGACCCGGAUACGGCGGUGAAACAUAAGAAACAACCCUGGGAUACGCUGGUUUCGUAUCGUCGGGUGGAUGAGGGGAUCAAGUAUAAGCCUUGUUUUGGGAUGUUGGCUGCACCGAGGAGUGAGGGGCUCGUGGAGGUGGGGAUGAAGUUGGAGGUACUUGAAGAGACAAAUCAACAUCGGUAUGUUACUGGUUUUUGA